AAACACCUAUCUUGGCCUAUAUGGCAUGCAUCAGUUUGGGAUAUACGGCAGCAGAUACUUUGAUGAUGGCCAUUUAUGCUCCUCUACAAGACUGGAAGAUUGUACUACAUCACUCUAUAAGCAUGUGGGGGUGUCAUAAUAUCAUUGCUGGACCUACAUUGCAGUAUUUUGCCAACAUGGUGUUUCUGACGGAAUUGUCCACCCCCUUUGUGAAUAUGAGACUGAUCCUACACACUCUGGGCCACCGACGUUCACUGCAGUACAAAGUAAACGGCUUGGCCAUGCUGCUGGUGUUCUUCCUUUGCCGUGUCGUCACCAUCCCCAUUCAUUUCCGAGCGAUUCCACACAUGAAGACAGGCGAGGUGUACAAACUUGGAACUGGCGCUCUGAUUAACAUCUCUGUUCUGACUCCCACCAUGUGUGUGUUAAACAUAUUCUGGUUCAUCAAGAUGUGCAAAGGAGCAUAUCGCGUACUAUAUGUUCCCAAGAUGGAUACGGAGUGAUUUUCAGUUACCGUAGAAGCCAGUUAAUUGCACAACGGAUAACUGCACACUUCUGUUAAUUGCAGGGAAUCCCAAAGUCCUAUAGUGAUGUGGUCCAGGUGAAUAAAUUCGCUUUGUUGCACUACCCGGAUAAUUGCACGAAAUGUGUUGGCAAAUGGCGAGUGCAAUGAAACGGCUUCUACUGUACAUAAAAUUCAUUUUCAAAUUAAUCAAUAUAUGCCAAUACUUUACUGAUGUUAUGCACAGAUGAUAAUUAUAGCUUUUUGAAAGUACGGUAUGCAAAUGUGUGCUAUUGUUCUAAAUUAAAAUAUUGAAUUAGCUAAACGCAGCAAUACACGUAUUUGUUAUGCAUGCGCGUACUAAAAUAGACUCCAUUGUACGCUUUUGGUCUGUAUCGCGUUGUGUGUGCUCCCAAGAUGGAUAUGGAAUUCGCAGUCAGUUUAAAUCUAUUUCAAAAUUAAGCCUCUUAUGACAGUACUUGCACUGAUCUAAUGCACAAAUUAUGAAAGCGUCUUCACACUAUUAAUUACUUGUUUAAACUAUUGUAUGCAAAUGUGUGCUAUUGUACUUCAUUGAAAUCUGUAACCGAAUAAA